CACACAUCGAACUGGAUAGCACUCGUUUGUAUUGUCCACACAGUUCAUUUGCCUUCACACUUACACACACACACGCACGCACAUAGAAGACAGACAUAAGAUUGCACACAACACAUAGAGACAUGCAUACAUACACCCAGACGACAGUGCCGGUAGACAUACGACAUACAUACGUGAGACACAUAACGCAGACAGGCAGGUAUAUCGAUCCAACCACUCAGUCAUCGGACACAACAGGCAGGCAGACAGGCAGACAGGGCAGGCACGGACAUCGACCAAAUCAAUGAAUUUCUUCAUUUUGGGUGCCUCGUGCUCUACGGGCAAGAAAGCGGGGGGCUUCCGGCUCCAAACGCCCCCGUGUGCAGUAGCAGAGAGCAGAGAGCGUUUGUAUCAUCGCGGAGCAAGGGAAUGAACGUGGGAAUGAACGAAUUGAGAGAAGUGAGCUGAUCUUGUCAGAUGUUCCUUUGAAGACUGUGCUUCAUUUUUUUCGGUCUUGUGCGAUAUUUCACUACGGGCUUCCCCAGGCCUCAGACAGGAACUAAAGCAGGCACGCUAUAAAAACCAAAGACUAACGGCCAAAUCAGACUUACGUCCCCGCAAAUCCACCCAGGCGAAGCUAAUCUGACACGGACGAAUGUACAGUAAUCUAUUCUGCCGCGAUGAAUGUGCAUUUGCUGCUGCGAUGAACACGCUCACGGGUGCACAGACAUCUUUACGAAACUACGUAUGCUGCCGCUCCCAGUGCGGUGAUGAGUGUAAGGAUGAAAGGGCUGUUCCCUUUGCUCAUCGCUGCAGACUCCGUCGUCUCGUCCUGCCAUCCUGGCAUGAGCUGUACCACGUGUCAAAAAUCCACGUGUGUGCCGGUGUAUUGUCAACACGUGCUCAUGUAUGUGCGUACCGCUCUGUAUUCCUCGAGUUCGUCAAGAGGCGGCACCCACACGCGAUCCACCAGAAGCAGAUGGCCGUUUUCACAAACACUCAGAAGAGCAUCGGCACACAGAUCGUGCUGCAUACAUUCAUGUGUCACAUGUGCAUGCUCGCGCUCAUGCACGUGUGUAUGUAUCAUCGUGUCCUGUGUUGGCUGAUACCUUCGUGAUGACCGCUUGGCCCAAGUCGAAAUCCGUGUACUUGACCUCGGGUGCCUCUCCUUCCGCUCCUUUUUUUUUCUCGUUGUAUUUGACCUUGUUCAUGCGGACACACACAUAUACAAGCCUGAUUACGUGAAAAUGCCGCCAGUCUGUCUCUGUGCCAUACCUCAACGUAGGUCAUGUUGUUCGUCUCCGUCUCGUUGCCGGUGGGCGUAGCGGUGGUUCUUAUCCCCGCACACACCUUUGUGUAUAUUGUGUUGUUGAGUGGGUCGCCAAUGAGGUUCAAGAGUGUGUGGCCUGUCAGGCAAUUGUCGUCGUCGUCGGCGGCCUCAGUGAUGUUGCCAAAGUCGUGUGCGUCAUAUCCUGACAGCCGACGAGCCUCUCUCGCGCUAAUGAGCAUCAGCGUUUCGUAUGGUGACAGCCGGCGGGUUCCUGGCGGGCCCUGCGUGCUCGGAUUCGAGCUCGGAUUCGAGCUCGGAUUCGGGCUUGGGCUUGGGCUUGGGCUCGGCGUGUCAUCCCCAAGGUCCGUGUUAUCCCCUGGCUCAGUGUCAUUCACCGGCUCACUCACAACAAUGUGAGCAAGGAAGAUCGGGAUGAAGGGGUUCAGUGGGGUCGUGUUAGUAGUAUUUUCGUUUUUCUUUGUCAUGGUAAUAUUGGUCGCGUUUUCGAGCAUUCGCUCAUAGGUGCCAUUGCCUAAGUCCUCCCACGCUGAAAAAGAAAUUCGGGAGAGAAGUAAAAGACGUACACAGGCCUUCGUACCGCGGUUCGUUGGGGCGAAGAACGUUAUGUUCUUUCUGUUGAAUCUGUUCUUAGCGCCUUCAGUCUCCAGCUCCGUCCAACUGCUGUCGAGCAGCUUGAGAAUAUACCUGGACAGUUAAACAGACCCCGUUGUAUCACAGUAACAAGACACUCGCAGCAGCUGCACCGACUUUCCAAUCUGGUCAAUCUCCAUUUCACUAUCGAUGUUCAGCGUGUCGAUUGCUGCCUUUGUUUUGAGCAGCUCGUCAUCCUGAAAGAACGCAUGGCUCCGCAUUGGUAGACGAAGGUAUCCAUGUACUCGUAACAUCUAACUUACAUCCUCCAUGAUAAUUUGGCGGACAUACAGGCCAGGAGGAGGAGGAUCGACAGCGCUAUAGAAUGACGGAUACCAGGACGGCGUGUGACCUGUAUACGCAUGUACUUGCAUACUCGGACACUCAAGCCCCUGCACGGAACAACAUGCCAUUCGAUGCUCGGGUGAAGGUUCAUAUUUCCCUUUAGUAUCACCAGUAGCCCGCUGGUGCAGUUUGUCUCGAUUUCACAGUCAUUGUGUUCAGCCUCCACUUCACCUAGGCCUUCCACGUCCACCACCAUUUUGAACUUGAGGCUGAUAUGAUGUGGAUGUAGUUACGUACAGGACAGACAAAACUAGACAGGCAGUCGUUUGUGCUUUCAGCUCACCUGCCACUGUCUGGUCCGCUUACUCCCAUUUCACAUACUAGAGACGCAUCCAGGGCCUGUUCGCUCUCCUGUGCAGCACACAAUUAGGAAGCAUGCGACCAAGUAAGUCAGUCGAGUGUUUGCAAUAUCGACCAAUUUGGAUUUGUCGAUUGAGAACUUGCGACCCCAUAGCUCCGGGGGCUCCCACCGAGAGCCGUUAGCGAUGGUAAACUCACUCGGGUAAUACUUUGUGAUGAUGUCGCGAGCGUGUACUGUCGUGGAAGACCCCCAUUCGGCUCCCGAGUAGGCAUCCAGGGAGAUGUUUGGACACUGGAUGCCAAGUGGGUCUCAACAAUGGACACAGACACACGGAACUACAUAUGCAUUCAGAGUGGUGUCGCCAUAGGCAUCCUGAUUUGUUCUUUGCAUCCUUGCUCUUUGUCGCUAUUCUCCACCAUACUUACCCGGCGAACACUCUAGCUCGAUUUUGCACUUCCGUUGCCCCUCCAUCUUGCCCAACCCCUCGACAAACGUCUCGAAGUCAAACUGUACGCUGACAGUCACGACACAAUGAAUAGCCAGGUUUGGGAUUCAUCGCAUGUAACUUACGUGUGAUUGACCGCAUGUAACUUACGUGUGAUUGACAGGUUCAGUAGGGCACUCAUCCCCCACUGGAAACCUCACGCCUAUUGUGAUUGUGCCAUCAGUUUCCUGCCGUGUACAAAUGCCCAGCAGUAUGUAGCUGUAUGUAUUGUCAGCAACACUCACGAAGGAAGACGUGUCAUUGACGAUAAAGCUUGAAUAUUCCCCCACAUUUAUGAUUCUCACGACCUCGAUAGUGAUGUUCGCCAGAUCGAUCUUUCCCUUGCCCUGCUGGAAGAAGUCCUCCAGUACGACGAAGGUCUCAUUCUUGUAGGUCAGCGCUCCAUGAUGGUUAGUGUACUUGAGCCGGUCACGAGAACGGCACUUCAGUGGGAGGGCUGGAACCUCUACUGGCUCCUCUUCCUCCGGCACCUCUUCUGGGGGAUCUUUGUACGUUCCUACAGUCCGCCAUAGAUACGAACAGACAAAUUUGAACUCUCUUAUUGUGUUCCUCUCUUGUUGUUUUCCGCUCUUAUUGAUCCUCCACUCUAUCAAUCCGCUGACCAAUGCAUUCAGUCUCGACUUCGCACCUUUGCCUGUCUACCACAGGUCCGAUACCCUCCACGAACGCACGAAAGUUGAAAUAGAGCCUGAACAGGCGUAUAAAACUCAAAACACGUCUGUCUUUGUCGUGUCAUCAUUGGCAUACUCUUGCGGCUUCGUUUCUUCAAUCGCGUUUUUGUUGCACACCAGAGUCAUGUCGGCUGUUUUCUGGCUCGCCUGCACACAGGGCGCAUGCAUCCAACAUGCAAAUUUUUCGAAUGCACGAUCGUGUGCUGACCAUCAGUCUGUCAUCCAACUCCAGCGUCCUGGCGGAACCCAGCCCGGGAAUCGGCACCGGGCUGCCAGAUGGAGCCGCUGCAGGGUCUCUAUAUUCUGCCUUCCAUGGUUGGGCACCACGCGGCAACUGUCCGUCGCAUUCUUUGUUCAGGCAGAGUCUCAGGUCUGUCACUUCGAUUGCCGACGCCGACACUGAAUACAGUAAACAGUUCCCCACACCGCACUAAUGUCUGCCUGUACCCCUGUUCGCCCACCGUGUGCUUUGUCAGGGUCGAUGAAGUCGUUAUGAGAAUGCAGCCUCAGGGGUCCGAUGGGAAUCGGCGGUGGGGUACUUGGCAGCGGACCUUCUGUAGACGGUGAUAUUGAGCUACUCGGGGCCUCCUCGGUCGUACUCGUGGGGGGUUCCGAGGGGUCCUCGGUCGUUGAACUUCCCGUGGAAGAAACCAGGAGGAGCUGCACAGUGUACCCCGCACAGUGCCGGGAUAGAACCAUCAGUAGUACACAAACCCAUUCAUUCAUUCAGCAAUAGUCAAUCAGUCAACAACUAAUCGUCCUUUGUGGGCCACUCACGGUGGAGAGCAAGGUGGAGAGAAGGAGUCGAAGCACGGCGCACAUCGUGGGCUUGCUUUUUCGUCGGAGGGGAGGGAGUACAAG